CCUUUGUCUUGCUUGAAAUGCACAAGCAAAUCAAUGGGAACAGAAUCACUCGGAAAGAGCACGGUUUUUGAGCUCCCCCCUAGCAGAGUGGUAGCUCCCAUUCAGAACUCUGCUGCCUAUUCACAAACCGCGCGGUGGAGACCCGCAGAUAACGGGGGAAGAGGAGACUUUAGGUGCCAGCCGGUUCCUCGCGGGGAGCGCGGUUUAUUAUUUGUUUUAACAAAAAACUUUUCUGCCUCCAACCUCCCCCGCCCCCCGGCCAAUCUUUCCUGCCCAUUCUGAAGAGACCUGUAGAAGAUGGAUGGGGUUUUAUUAGGAUGGACCGCUCUCCUGUGGGUAACAGUUGUGAUUGAAGGACUGCAGGUCAUGGUUCCUGAGAAGAAGCGGGUAGCCAUGCUCUUUCAGCCUGUUGUGCUUCGAUGCCAUUUUUCAACUUCCUCCACACAACCAGCUGUGGUACAGUGGAAGUUCAAGUCCUAUUGUCAAGAUCGCAUGGGAGAAGCUUUGGGCGUGGUUUCUGCAGGGAUCCAGGCAGUGAGCAAGAGGAACUUGGAAUGGGACCCCUACGUGGACUGUGUUGACAGCAGGCGAACAGUUCGCAUUGUGGCUUCCAAGCAGGGCUCUGCAGUUACAAUUGGAGAAUUCUACAAGGGACGAGAUGUCACUAUAGUUCAUGAUGCAGACCUCCACAUUGGAAAAUUGAUGUGGGGAGACAGUGGGCUGUACUACUGCAUCAUUGUCACACCGGAUGAUGUAGAGGGCGAGAAUGAGGAGUCAGUGGAGCUGCUUGUUCUGGGCAGGACAGGGCUGCUUGCUGAUCUCUUGCCCAGUUUUGCUGUGGAAAUUAUGCCAGAGUGGGUAUUUGUGGGUUUGGUGAUCCUGGGGGCAUUUCUCUUCUUUCUCCUGGUUGGAAUCUGCUGGUGCCAGUGUUGCCCUCACAGCUGCUGCUGCUACGUCCGUUGUCCCUGCUGUCCAGAUACCUGCUGCUGUCCACGUGCAUUAUAUGAGGCCGGAAAAGCUGCAAAAGCUGGAUAUCCUCCGGGAGUUCCAUCAAUCCCUGGCCCUUACUAUAUUCCCACGGUACCUGUGGCUGGUGCCCCAUCUCAUGCUGUCAUGAUGGAAAAAUCGCAUCUUCCUCCAUUGGCGCCCAGUGAAUCCAGUGCAGGAGGACAAAGUGUACGUAAAGGCUACCGAAUCCAGGCUGACAAAGACAGAGAUUCAAUGAAGGUGUUGUACUAUGUUGAGAAGGAACUGGCUCAGUUUGACCCAGCGAGGAGGAUGCGAGAAAGAUACAAUAAUACCAUCUCCGAGCUCAGCUCUUUGCAUGAACAAGAUGCCAACUUCCGCCAGUCUUUUCGCCAGGUGCGCAGGAAACCACUCCCUCCUCCAGGAGGUCUCCUGGAUGGUGAUGCAGAGUACUGGACAGGGGUGGUCAGUGGAGGUGGCAUGUCUAGACCACAAACAUGCUCUGACUAUAGAGAGGAGAGGGGCAGCUUCAGGCUGAGUCAGCAGAGAUCAAAGUCAGAGAAGCUCUCUCGAAAGAGUUUCUCUAUGGGAAUGCCAGCUGUCUCUAUGGAUGAACUUGCGGCUUUUGCUGAGUCUUAUAGCCAGCGUGCUCGUCGGACAGAGGGCAGUCAGGAACCCCGCCGUUUUGAGAGAUCAGGAUCACGAGGAGCACGUGGAGGGGCAGUGCAGCACCAAGACAACUCCUCAGAUGAAUAUUAUGGCGCUCAAAGGGGAAACCAUGAGCCGCUGGCAGAUUCAGAUAGGGGCUGGUCAUAUAGUCCCCCCCGGAGACGUACCCAUGAUGAGAAACACCUGCCUAGGCUAGUGUGUCGGACACCCGGAGGGAGUCAGAAGUAUGAUCACUCUUACCUAACCAGUGCCCUUGAAAGGAAAUCACGAAGCUACGACGAGAGUGGUGAGCAUAGCGAGACGCCUUCAAAGCUUAGUUCCCAUUCCAGCCAGAGAGGUGGGUCUUACUACGCCUGGUCACCACCAUCGACUUACAAGUCGGGACAGCACCAGCAGCAACAACACCAGCAGCAGCAGCAGCAACACCAGCAGCAACAGCACCAGCAACAACCUCCACAGCAGGAGGAAGGAGAAGACUCUUUGCCUCCGUACACUGAGAGAGAGUUGAGCCGAGGUUCUUCAUACAGGAACAGAGAACAAUCUAACCUCAAUUCCUCAGAGAAGAAAAGGAAAAAAGAGCCAAAGAAAACAAAUGAAUUUCCAACAAGGAUGUCUCUUGUGGUGUGAUGCUAUCAUGGAGGCCCAUAUUAAUAAACUGAGAAACUGGAAGCUCUCAGAGCUACUUGGACUUCAAGGAAUGUGCAGUGUCACUGGAUGUUGUAGACUUUUGUUGGGUUUGUCAAGGACAUGGAGGACUUAUGUGAAAGCCAGUUCCAUCCAAUUGCUCUUACCCAGCUAACCUCUUGGAAAAGACAGCUCACUUCACCAGGAAGUAAAGCAGGGACCAUUUAUGCAUGUACCAAUUACCCCGCAGCUGUUUGCUUCAUAGUGGGCUUUUCCUGCAGGUUUUUUGUUUACAUAGGGAUUCUCUUGCUGGAAGAGUCCUUAGCUGAGUUGCCAUCCCCUCCUUGUUCUUUCCAUGCAAUCUCCAUCUGGAAAGGUUGCCUGGUGCCUUUUUGGGUGCUCUCUAGCAUUAAUUCACUAGAUCAUGUAAGUUUUAUGUCAGUGUCAAGGAUCUAGUGCUUGAGCAAUAGACUCUCAGAGUGGGGAAAAACACAGCCCUUUUGAUCCUUCUGAAGUGGUGGCUGGAGGAUUGGGAGAAACUGCUAUUAUGUGGGCAGGGGAAAGCAGGGAAGAGUGAGAAAACCUGAAGAAAGCAAAACACAUGUUGAUUCCCUUGGCUUUUCCUGUGAAGAGAGAGUAAAAGUCACACUUUGAGAGCUUUUGGAAACUGGAGAUUCUCUGAUCUGAGUGUGCAGUAAGUUCCAAAGAUGGUAAACAUGUGCAUAACUGAGAAUCCAGCCCAAAGGUCAUGUAAGUUUAAUGCAAAGGAGACCACAAGUACAUAAAUGACCAAGGUGUUUUGUCUUUUCUACACUUCCCAUAGGAUUUCACUCUGCAAUGAUGAUGUUUCCAUACUUUAGUCUUCUUCCACACUUGCAGUACUGUAGGAGCUGCCAUAUUGUACAGUAUAUAUUCCAAUUUCUUUAUUACAUACUUCUCAUCUGUGUGGCUUUGUAUCCUAAAAUUGGUAGGUGAAGUUGCCACAGGUUUCAGGACCUUUCAUCAUCUGCCUUUUCUCUCCUAUUUUGAGAGAAAUAAGGAAUUCAUGUACAUUUGGAGAUGGCUUCAAUCAUGAAUGUGGUAUUUUCAAGAGAAAAUGCAAGAAAGGAAACCUUCAUCCUUUGGAAUAACCCAAAACUGUGACCUGGGACACUGCGUUAUGAAGGACAGAGCAAUGAAAGACAUUCUGGGGCUGUUUUUUUAAACAGACCUGCUCAUUCAAUAAUUGGGAGCCACCAGUAAGAUUAAUGUUUUGUUUUGGAAGUGAAAGUAGAUUUUGCUGUAAUGAGAAUGUAUCAUGUUAUUUCACUGUUGUCUGAUAUGAUGCAUCAGCAUUGCCUUAUAGUUGAACUAUAGCCAUAAAAGGUAUCAGCUGGGAGUGCUGAUUGGUCUUUCUGUAGCCAGAAUUCAUGCUCAGGUUCUGCUGACAGUAUUCUCUAGACAAUGAUUAUUAUUUUUUUUAAAAGCCAAGAGAUAGGCAAGAACAGAGCUAGAAUGAGAAAGUCAGGGUGCAAAAGAAAGGAAUAGCCAUUUCUUUUAUAUUUCUACAGGGACCAAGCUUACUAUUUUGUGGUAAUUGACGGCCAUUCAAUAAGGCAACACAAGAAGUGAACAAUAAAUAUGUUGGAUGAAAUUCCAGCUCUGGUAAUUA